AUGCUGCGUCAUUGCGUUCCUUCUUGUUUUGUGUUCCGCACUCGCACUCCGGGACUCACUACUUCUGAUUCACACUUUGCUUCUCUCUUUUUCUCCCAGAACCGGAAAAUCUACCGCAUGGACGCCGCCGGCUUAGAUUCCUAUGGCCGUGAAUUCGAGACCGCCGACGAAAUGUGGAGGGAACACGCAGGCGACUCUAGCAAGAAGACUCAAUGGUAUCGCGACGGCGUCUCCUACUGGGAGGGUGUUAAUGCAACUAUGGAUGGGGUAUUGGGAGGGUUUGCAAAUGUGAAUGAGCCCGACAUAAGUUGCAGUGAGGAUUUCUUGAAGAUUCUCCUAUCUGAACGUUUUCCUCCUGAUGCCAGUCGCCAGCCACUUGUUGUUCUUGAUUGUGGUUCGGGCAUUGGCAGACUCACCAAAAAUCUGUUAAUAAGAUACUUCAAUGAGGUUGAUCUCCUGGAACCAGUAUCACAUUUCUUAGAGGCUGCCCGUGAAACUUUGGCUGCAGGAUGUCAGACAAAUACAGUGCACAAAGCUGUUAAUUUUUAUUGUGUUCCUCUUCAGUUGGCCACCAGUGACUCUACUGUCGACUGUGACCUGUUCCUCUACUGCUUGUGCCUUCCUGCUGCCGCUUUUGACCUGUUCCACCGCUGCCUGCAGUGUUUUCUGUCACCAUCAACCAAUUGCAACACUGCUAUGGAACCACUGCAGUGCCACCUCCUGUCCCCCUUCUCCCAAUUCACUCCCCUAUCCCAUUCUGCUAGGUUCUCAUUUUUUUCACCUUCGUUGGAUUUUACACCAGAUACUGGAAGAUAUGAUGUGAUAUGGAUUCAAUGGUGUAUUGGUCAUCUUACGGAUGAAGAUUUUGUUUCAUUUUUCAAGAGAGCAAAGGUUGGCCUCAAACCAGGUGGAUUUUUUGUUCUGAAGGAGAAUAUUGCCAGAUCUGGAUUCGUGCUUGACAAUGAAGACAGAAGCGUUACAAGAUCUGAUAUGUACUUCAAGGAGCUAUUUUCUCAAUGUGGAUUACAUGUGUACAGAUCAAAGGAUCAGACAGGAUUCCCUGAAGGAUUAUUUGCUGUGAAGAUGUAUGCAUUGACUACAGACGCGCCAAAAAGGGCUCCCCGCGCAAAAUCCAAAACAUCAACUAAUAGACCUAGAACCAUUAUGUGA